AUGAGGGUCGUGAAGAGAGGCGCUGCGCUGCCCACUCGCAGAGAAAUAUUCAUGAAGGCUAGGCUCCUAGGGAGGUCAACUCGGCACUCCACUGCCCGCUCUCGGAGAACCAAUUCUCACCGUCAAGCUACAGAAAAUCCCUCGCAAACGCAGUCCACCAACACGCCUCCUAAGCAGCGCGGACGAGAGGAUCGACCCUCGCGGACCAACGAGGAGGUCAAUCAGCGUCGCCCGAAUCGCAAAAGUCGCCAACGUGAUCGACCAACAAUGUGUGCGGAAGACGUUGAGAAGCUUGUGAAUGACCGACUUCGAGACUUGACGACUAGCGAGAACCUCGAGGAUGCACUACGUAAGGAGAUGGACCAGGCGAUCUCUACUCCUUUCACCCCUGAAAUCUAG